AUGAAGCCAGCUUUCCUUAGCCUAAUCAGUUCUCAUCAAUUCACUGGAAUGGAUAAUGAAGAUCCAUACAUUCAUCUUUCUACAUUCUAUGAACUGAUAGGAACUAUGGGAUUUGAAGAAAUGGAUCUUGAUCAUGUUUAUAUGCGUUUGUUUCCUUUUUCUCUAAAAGGAAAAGCAAAGGAAUGGCUUAAAUCACAUCCAAACCAAAGUCUGAACAAGCAAGGACCAGAUGAGCCAUUCUGUGAAGCUUGGGAACGAUUUAAUUCUUUACUGAGGAGAUGCCCAAAUCAUGGGUUUGAAGAUAUUGCUCAACUAAAUAUUUUCUACAAUGGUUUGAGGCCAGACACAAAAAUGAUAUUAGAUGCAGUAGCUGGAGGAACAAUGAUGUCUGUAGAUGCAGAGCAAGCAACAAGAAUCAUUGAGGCACUAGCACCUACAGACCAUCAAGCUCAACAUAAUAGACAAACAGUUCAACGGAAAGGAAUGCUUGAUCUCAGUACUACAGAUGCAAUUUUAGCUCAGAAUAAAAUUCUGACUCAAUAG